UUCUAGAAUAAAUAAUAUCUUUAAAUUCUUGUUUAACCAAGAAGUGUUCAAAAAUAUUUUAUUUUAAAAUACUUUAUAUUCUGUUUGAUUUUUUAAAUAUGUAAUCUAAUUGUUCCUUAUGUUUGCAUAUGUUUAGAAUUAUGUAAUCCAUAUAACAAACUCUAGACUUAUCAAACUUUCUACAGAUAGGUUUCGAGUGGGAAGUGAAACUACAUCGUUCCAUUUUAGAUUUGUUUGGACUUUGGCCCAAAGAUAUACACAAUUUUUGGGAGAAAUUAAUGUGCAAUUUUCGAGUGCUCAUAAUUUUACUAGGAUUAAUAUUCUGUCUUAUAAUUCCUUCUGUACAUUCCUUAGCAAUAAUUUUUGGAGACUUGAUGCUAAUGAUAGAUAAUCUACAAUUUACUUUACCAAUCCUAUGUUCCUUGGUUAAAAUCAUGAUUUUUUGGUGGAAAAAAGAAGCUAUUGUCUCAAUUAUGAAUAUGAUUGCGGAGGAUUGGAUAAACUCAGUAAACGAUCAAGAAAAAAGUAUAAUGAUACGAAGAGCGCAGAUUUCACGCAUAAUUAUUGUUUGUUCUUACUGUUUAACGGGAUUACAAUGUUUUAUCGUCGUUGUACUGCCUGUUUUUGGAAUGUCAAUGAGACUGACUCCAAAUAUUACUGAUCCAGGAAAACCAAUGCCAAUACAAACCCAUUAUUUUUACGAUAUAACAAGAAAACCACAAUACGAAUUGACAUUUAUUAGUCAAGCCAUCUAUAUAGCUAUUGCCAUAGUAGCCUACGUUGGAAUAGACAAUUUUCUCAGUCUCCUAAUCUUUCAUGUAUGCGGACAGUUAGACAUUAUUGAGAAUUAUUUAACACAUAUGGAUAAAUAUAUUAAUUAUCACAAAAUAUUAAAAUAUUGCGUAACAAAACAUAUCCAUUUGAUUAGAUCUAUUAAUAUUAUUGAAGACACAUAUAAUAUAAUGCUUCUUUCCAUGUUUAUAUACUUUGCAGUUCUAUUCGCUUUCUACUCAUUUCAUAUAAUUAGCUUGUUCGAUGGAGAAAAUGAUUUACCAUUUAUUCGUUUGAUGUUUCUAAUAUUAACAAUUUUUAAUUUAUUUGUACAUAUGUCUCUAUAUUGCGUGCUCGGCGAUAUUUUGAUGGCUCAGUGCAACAAAAUAUAUUACGCAGCAUAUUGUAAUAAAUGGUACAAAAUGGAUCCAAAAAUUGGAAAAGAUUUGUUGUUCUUAAUAACAAGAGGCUCUAAAUCAAUCUAUCUCACCGUCGGAAAAAUACCUCCUGUUACAAUGGCUACAUUUUGCAGCGUAAGAUGUUCAAUAUUCAUGACCAUUAUAUUAAAAUACAUAUUAUUAACCAAAUUUUACUACAGAUUAUUAUAGACUCUAUGUUAUAUUUUAAUUUUUAUAUAUGAUAAAAUUAAUAUUAAAAAAAAAUAUUUUUUAGUUAAUAAAAACCUCCGUUGGUUACAUAUCCGUCUUGCAUGCAACGAGGAAGUAAUAACAAAAAUAAAAAGUAAAGAAAAUAUAAAGCUUUUAUCAAUAUUACUAGAUUCAUUAUUGAAUAAGAUAGAACUAAGAUUGAGAAAUAACGCUUUACAUCCAUUAUUCUGGUGCAAGCGUUACACAGAAACAUUUCAACGUGUACAAAAAAACCUUCGCAGAGCAAAUGCUUGUAUAGAAAUGCAUUUCGAAUAUUUAUUACAAACAUUAAAAUAAUUAAUAAUAUCAAUCAACUUUUUUCAAGAUUCCAAAUUUUUAAUUAUAACAAUUAAUUUUUAAAAAUUUGUAUUUAAUUUUUAAUUAAAAGAAUUAGUUGCAAAAUUAAUUUUUGUAAUAAACACUUAUGCCAUAAAUGUUUUUUCUUAUUCCCAUUUCCAAUUUUUAUUUUUACUUGAUCUAGAAUUCUUAAAUGAACGAAUAAUAUAUGAUAAAAUUGAUCAUUCUAAUAGUUUGUAAUUUGUAAGUUAUUCAAAUCUAUUUUUAUAUAUGAGUUUAAGAUCCGAAUUGACUAUUAGUAUGUAUUUUUAAAAUAUAUUGACUAAAAUGCACUUUAUAAGUAUAAUACUGGCUUGUGGUUGUGAGAUAACUUGCAUAAAAUUAUUCAAUUAAAAAUAAAGUUUGUUAGAUUUUAAUUUUCUUCCACUAAUAUUUAAUUUAAUAUAAAACGUAAAAUAAUCCUGAAAUUAUUUAUCUUUAGAUUUUUAUCUGAAUAUUUUAAUAUAUAAAACGACAGUAAAAUCUGUUAAUCUAAUCCUUUGCUUGUAAAUAUAUUGAUAGUGCAAUGUAUAAUCAAAAUCUUUUUAAAAAUAUAGUUAUGUAUUUUUUAUAUCAAGAAAGUCUUAUAUAAUAUACUUACAGUAAACAAUUUCCGUAUUACUUUUUCUUUGUUUUAUAUAUAUAUAUAAGAAUUUUUUUUUAAUCUAUAAUUUAAUAUCUAUAAAGAUAGUCGAAUAAAUAUGUACUUAUUUGAUUAAAAAAUAUUGGAAUUUUUUAUAUUAGAGACAAGACAAGUAGUUUUUUUGACAGUCAUAUAUUUAUAUAUUUUUUUAAACUUCUCUUAUCUCUAAUAUAAAAAAUUAGAUAUAUAUAACUUUUUCUAAAAUAAUUAUGUAGCUGUAUUUUAAAACUUCUUUAAUCAUUGAAUCCAUUAUAUAAUAAGAAUAACAGAUUAUAUAGAAUUGCUGACAAUAUAAAAAAAAUAUAUAAAAAGGAAUGAAGAUGGACUGGUGCAGGAAUUAUCGUUCAUGGCUAUAUUUUAAUGUUACUGUAUAUAGCUUAUCAUUACUUACAGCUACAAUCGGUUAUUGAAGCGUGAGAAUGUAACCGAUGCACUUACGCAUACUUUUUUCAAUACAGCUAUGUUAUUAUCUGAUUUUUUAUUCAUUGCUGUUUCGCUAACGUAACGUUUCGUAACGAUCGGUGCUGGAAAUUGAACGGAAAUGUUAAACAAGAGUAGAAUGCUUAAUGUAUUUUUUGCAAGUUCAUCUUUUGAUACCUCCGAGAAGUAUUAAAAGCAUACCCACAAAAAAAGCUUUUCAUUUUCCAUAGAAGAUAGGUCGAUUUAAAAAGGAAUGAUGACAAAAAAAUUGAUACCAGUCUUUAGGUAACAUUAAAUGUAGAAGGUUCAAAAUAUGAUAGAUACUGAGGUGCUUAUAUUUUUCUACAUUGUAACUGUAAUUGAAACAAUUCAUAGAAAGUAUUUAAUCAGCAUUAAGUGCAUAUACUGGUAGCACAACAACAAAUAGCAUCUUGUUUCCAUUAAUGUUAACAAAAAUUUUUUAUUACUGCUCUGAUAUGUUUUUUUAUUUAUAUUAAACUGUUUUAAUAAUUUUUAUUAUUUAUUUCUAUAGAAUAAAUAAUGUCUUUAAACUCUUGUAUAUUCAAAAAGAGUUCAAAAAUAUUUUAUUUUAAGAUACUUUAUAUUUUAUUUGAUUUUUUUAUAUUGAAUCUAAUUGUUUAUCUUUAUUGUUUAUUAUCUGUAUAUGUUUAAAAUUAUGUAAUCCGUAUAAUGAAC